AUGACUCGCUCGAAGACCAUAGUUGAACGUGUAGGCUUAUACAGACCACAGCUUCCACAGACCGAAGCUUCCACAGACCACAGCUUCCACAGACCGAAGCUUCCACAGACCACAGCUUCCACAGACCGAAGCUUCCACAGACCACAGCUUCCACAGACCGAAGCUUCACAGAACGCUCAGGACCCCCCAGGACCUCUCAGGACCACCCAGGACCUCUCGGGAUCCCCCAGGACCUCUCGGGAUCCCCCAGGACCUCUCAGGACCUCUCGGGAUCCCCCAGGACCUCCCAGGACCACCCAGGACCUCUCGGGAUCCCCCAGGACCUCUCAGGACCUCUCGGGAUCCCCCAGGACCUCCCAGGACCACCCAGGACCUCUCGGGAUCCCCCAGGACCUCUCAGGACCUCUCGGGAUCCCCCAGGACCUCCCAGGACCACCCAGGACCUCUCGGGAUCCCCCAGGACCUCUCAGGACCUCUCGGGAUCCCCCAGGACCUCCCAGGACCACCCAGGACCUCUCGGGAUCCCCCAGGACCUCUAGGGAUCCCUCAGGACCUCUCAGGACCACCUAG